CACACAGCCGGCAGUGUUUUGCUUGAACAGCAGGAGGAGAAACAGGAAGUGCAGAGAAACACAGCAGCUCAGAAACAUACGGUGCUCCUCAGACCAGUUUCUCACUUCAAGGUGCUUACUAUGGAGAGAAGUAACACACAAGAUGGAAUUCACCAGGAAGAGGCAGAAAGAAUGCGAAGCAGUGGAGGUGGGCACACAGACACUGAGGAAAGAGAGUUGAGACUGGUGCUGCUGGGUUCAGCAGGUGCUGAGAAAAGCACUGUGGUCGAUGCCAUCCUGGGCGGCCCGACAUCUGAGCGUGAGACGCCCGACGCUGACUGUCAGAAAAGACAUGCGAUGCUGGCAGGACGACAGGUAGCAGUGGUGGAUACACCUGAGCGUCUGUGCGUAGAGCGUCCUGCUGAGGACGUCUGCCGGCAGUUUUCGCUCUGUGCUGCUUUAUCGGCCCCGGGGCCUCACGCUUUCCUGCUCUGUGUUCCUGUUCACCGGCACAGCAACCUGGAGCUUCAGAUUCUGGAGACCAUCGAGAAAGUAUUCGGCCCUGAAGCUGUGAGCAAACAUGCAAUGGUGCUCUUCACCCACACGGGCCAGCUGCCAGAGGAUGUUCCUCUGGACGAGUUUCUCACUACAGAACGAGUCGAUUUAUUGGAGCUCGUGCAAAAAUGUGGAGAGCGACAGCAUCCUUUAAGGCCGUUGGAAAAAGACAACGUUGAGGAGCUGCUGACGAAAGUGGAACGGAUGGUGAAAGAAAGCGGGACACCGUUUUACACCUGCCCUCUUUUGCAGGAGGCAGAGAGAAGAGUGAAGGAGAAGGAGGAGGAGAUUUCGAGGAGUCGAGGAGAGAGCGAUUCUGAGGGAACAAGGGCUGAAGCGGAGAGAAGUGUGGAUGAUCUCCUGGUGGAGGGAAUCGCGGAGCUCUGCGUCGCCAAGCCUGAGGACUUGUCGUUUUUGCGCUGGUUGUGGGACAGUGUGGUCGGGUGGCUUCUGUGGCUGCCAAAUAUGGUGAGGGGCAGUACUCUGCUGGGCUCCAUUGUGGGGCUGUUUGUAGGGGGGUCUUUAGGAGGGGCCAUGGGAGCAACGGUGGGCUCUGUGGCCACGGAGGUAGAGAGACGGAAAAAGAAAUAAGCAACUGAAAAGUUUGGUAACAGCUUAUUGUAUUUUUCAUUACAAUUUAAAAUGUCCCGACAAAAAAACAGAUUAGUUGUUCUUCUGCAUUCAAAUAGUUAAGGUGACACUUUACAGUAAGGUUUCAUUAUAUGAUAUAUUUAUUAAAAUGAACAAUACAUUUAUUACAGCAUUUAUUCAUUUUUGUUAACAUUAUUUGAUGAAAAUACAGUUGUUCAUUGUUAGUUGUUGUUCACUCAAAGUGCAUUAACUAAAUUAACUGUUAACAAUAACAACAAUAUGAUCUUAGUAUUGAUUUUUGGAUGCUGAAAUUAAAAUAACAAUGCUUGAUAAGGGUGACGCAGUGGCGCAGUAGGUAGUGCUGUCGCCUCACAGCAAGAAGGUCGCUGGUUCGAGCCUCGGCUGGGUCAGUUGGCGUUUCUGUGUGGAGUUUGCAUGUUCUCCCUGCGUUUGCGUGGGUUUCCUCCGGGUGCCCCACAGUCCAAAGACAUGUGGUACAGGUGAAUUGGGUAGGCUAAAUUGUCUAUAGUGUAUGAGUGUGAAUGAGUGUGUGUGUGGAUGUUUCCCAGAGAUGGGUUGCGGCUGGAAGGGCAUCCGCUGCGUAAAAACGUGCUGGAUAAGUUAGCGGUUCAUUCCGCUAUGGUGACCCCGGAUCAAUAAAGGGACUAAGCCGACAAGAAUGAAUGAAUGAAUGCUUGAUAAGUGCUGUACAUGUAUUGUUCAUUCUUAGUUUAUGUUAGUAAAUACUUUAACUAAGAUGAACUAAUGGAACCUCUAAGCAGUAAUGUUUUCCAUGCUGAUAAUUUAAUCAAAUCUUUUUCCAUCACAAAUUAUGUUACAAUUUCAGAGAAAAGUGGAAAAUUGAUGUUAACUUUAAAUUUAACUUUCAAUUGAUUUUUCAAAAUUCCAAAACAUAAUUUAUUUUUUUCACAUUAAAAUAAUGUUUAGAAUUGCAUAUUUUUAAUCAAGGACUUCUCAUUUUGAAGUUUAUAUCAAAUUAAAUUUACUAAAGUGACAUAGAAAGUGGCUACUUUAAACCUCUUUUAAAAAUUAAGAGAUAUUUUUAUGUAAAAAUUGAAUUUAUCCUGAAUUGUAUUAAUGAAAAAGGGAAAAUGAAUUUAUUCUUGGUGACAAAAGCUUGUGGUUUGAAGGACCAUGACAAAGUGUAAAAAUAUAAAAUGUCAAUUAAUUAGUAUUUUCUGUCAUGAAAUAUAUUUUUUCGUAUUUAAACUGUUACAAUGACAUUUUAGUCCAUAUCCGCAGGAAACAAUGGCAAAAUGCAGGAUAUAGUUAUUUUUUUUACUCAGAAAAACUAAAUAAAUAUCAGCAUGCAUUCUAAUGUACAAAACAAACCCUUAAAACUAUUACUUUUAUAGUUUUGAUGCUUGAAAAAACCCUUUGUCUUUAAUAAAUGCAUAUAUGCAAAUAUAAAUCAUAAUACAAGUCAUAAUAAAUAAUAAUAUUAUAUAAAGAAAUCAAAUUUUGAAUUGAAAUCUGAAUUUUAUGUUUACAAAGAAAUGUUCAGCUAUUUGAAUGUACAAUAAAUAAUGAUCUGUU